AUGCUUUCACGACUUGCCCAAAUCGGCACUCGACGACAAGUGGCCGGUUUGAGAAAUGCUGUCCCUGCAACAGCACGAUCAUCGCAGCGUUCAGCCAUGCUUUCGAAUCGCCGAGUCAACAACAACAACAACACACGCAAGUACUCGACCGAGAAAGAGAAACCUGAGAAGAAGGAACACCAUGAAGACAACGACAAGCCAUUCAAUGUUCCCAAGGGAUUCGAAGGGUUCUUUGGCAAGAGCAACAAUGCCAAACGAUCGGCAGCUGAAGAAGCAUCGGAUCAUGCAAAGCGAUCGGCUGACCAGGUUCCUAAACCUCCCAAGGGCAGCAACCGUAGUGGUGGUAGUGGUGGUGGCAACCGCCCUCCAGAGAUUCAAAUCAAUGGCAAUGUGGUUCUUGGUACUGCUGUGGGUACCUAUGUAUUAUGGAAGUUGACGGCACCCAGUGAGGAUUCACGAGAAAUCACCUGGCAAGCUUUUCGUGCCUCGUUGCUAGACAAGGGCAUGGUGGAUCGUUUGGUGGUGCUUAAUCGUAACCGGGUGCGGGUUCAUUUACGGCCCGAGGCAACAUCGCUUGGUGUCCCUAAUGCUCAGACAUUCUACUUCAGCAUUGGUUCGGUUGACAGCUUUGAAAAGAAAUUGGAAGACGCACAAAACGAGCUUGGUAUUCCUUCCAGUGAACGUAUCCCUGUGACCUAUCGCGAUGAAAUCAGCAUCCUCAACACCAUGUUACACUUUGCACCCACCCUCUUGUUGAUUGGUGUCCUUUAUUACAUGACCAAGCGUGGUCCUGGUGGUGGUGGACAAGGCAUCUUUGGUAUCGGCAAGAGCAAGGCCAAAAUGUUCAACCAAGAAAAGGAUGUCAAGAUCAAGUUUAAGGAUGUCGCUGGUGCGGAUGAAGCCAAGGAGGAGAUCAUGGAGUUCGUGAAGUUCUUAAAGAACCCCGGUGCUUAUGAACGUCUUGGUGCCACUAUUCCCAAAGGUGCUAUCCUCUCAGGUCCACCAGGUACCGGUAAAACACUCUUGGCCAAGGCAACAGCAGGUGAAGCAGGUGUUCCUUUCUUGAGCGUCUCUGGUUCUGAAUUUGUGGAAAUGUUUGUUGGUGUGGGUCCAUCCCGUGUACGUGAUUUGUUUGCUACCGCCAAAAAGAAUGCUCCUUGCAUUAUCUUCGUCGAUGAAAUUGAUGCCAUUGGUAAAGCACGUGGCAAGGGUGGUCACAUGGGCGGCAAUGAUGAACGUGAAAGCACUCUCAACCAAUUGCUUGUCGAGAUGGAUGGUUUUGAUGAAAGCGAACAUGUCGUUGUAUUGGCAGGCACCAAUCGUCCCGAUGUGCUCGAUCCUGCUUUGAUGCGUCCAGGCCGUUUCGAUCGUCAUAUUGCCAUUGAUCGUCCCGAUAUCGGUGGUCGUGCCGCUAUUUUGAAGGUCCACUUGAAGCCUAUCAAGACCAGUGAGGAUAUGGAAAGCCUUUCUCGCAAAUUGGCUGCUCUUACUCCUGGUUUCUCAGGUGCUGAUUUAAGAAACAUUUGUAAUGAAGCCGCUUUGAUUGCUGCCCGUCAUCACAAGGAUGAAGUGACCGAGGUUGACUUUGAACAAGCUAUUGAGCGUGUGAUUGCUGGUUUGGAGAAGAAAUCACGUGUCUUGUCACCUGAGGAGAAGAAGACCGUUGCUUAUCACGAGGCUGGCCAUGCUGUGUGUGGUUGGUACCUUCAACAUGCCGAUCCAUUGCUCAAGGUCUCCAUUAUCCCUCGUGGUGUUGCUGCUCUUGGUUAUGCACAAUAUCUGCCCAAGGAUCAAUACCUCUUUAGCGAAAAGCAAUUGCUCGAUCGUAUGUGUAUGACACUUGGUGGUCGUGUUUCCGAGCAGAUCUUUUUCGAUACCAUCACCACCGGUGCCCAUGAUGAUUUGCAAAAGGUUACCAAGAUUGCCUAUGCUCAAGUCUCCACCUAUGGUAUGAACCCCAAGGUUGGCCCUGUCUCCUUCAACGAUCCUCAAAGCGAACAGCAAUUCCAAAAGCCUUUCUCUGAAGAAACCGGCACUUUGAUUGACAAUGAAGCACGUGGUCUCAUUCAAGAUGCUUACACACGCACCACUGAUCUCCUCACCAAGCAUAAGGAAGAUGUUGAGAAGGUUGCCAAGCUCUUGUUGGAGAAGGAAGUGAUCACUCGUGAGGAUAUGGAGAAUUUACUCGGCGCAAGACCUUUCAAGGAAAAGACCGUAUAUGAUGAAUACGUUCGACCCAAGAAGACUUCUUCUCCCCCACCAUUCCCUGAAGAUAACCCAUCCGGCGACGUUUAUUCUUCUUAA